GGAGACCGGACACUCACCCACUCAGUCAAGCCAGAUAUCGGAGAGCUCACAACCACCCUCUCUCCCCAUCUCGGACAAAGCAUAACAUAACUGGACAUCACUUCGCACUAGAGACACUGUGCCAUUUCUUCGAAGAGGCAACAAGUAAGGGAUUUGUUUCUCAAUUACAAAUCCCAGAUCAGUGAGGUGUGCGUGAUCGUUCCCAGAAAACGGCAGAAGGAUGAACAGCUUCGAUCUGGAUGAGCUGUUCGACACGUGGGAGGACCUGAACCUCACAGGCCUCUUGGAGAACGGGACGCGCGUGGAGAUGGGUGGCUGUCCCACAGCCUUCGACCGCAGCGCCCUGCUCCACUCCAUGUGCAUCCUCUAUGUCUUCAUCUUCGUGGUCGGUUUGGCCGCCAACAGCCUCGUCCUCUGGAUCAACAUCCGCGCCCAGCGCACCACCUCCCCUCGCCACGAGACCCACCUUUACAUCGCCCACCUGGCGGUGGCUGACCUGUGCGUGUGCAUCACGUUGCCCGUGUGGGUGAGCUCCCUGGCACAGCACAGCCACUGGCCCUUCAGCGAGUUGGCAUGUAAGCUCACCCACCUGCUCUUCUCCGUUAACCUCUUCAGCUCCAUCUUCUUCCUGGCCUGCAUGAGCGUCGACCGCUACAUGAGCAUGACACGGCCGGCCGACAGUGAGGAUGGGGGCCGGCGCCGGAAGCUGAUUCGCCACGGCGUAUGUAUGGGGGUGUGGCUCCUGGCUCUGGUGGCUUCCCUGCCGGACACAUACUUCCUGCGGGCUCUGAGGUCAUCACAAGGGGAGGUAGUGCUGUGCAGGCCGGUGUACCCAGAGGAACACCCUAGGGAGUGGAUGGUAGGGGUCCAGCUGAGCUUUAUCCUGCUUGGCUUCAUCAUCCCCUUCCCUGUCAUCGCUCUGGCCUAUGCCCUCCUGGCCAAAGCACUCUCCUCCUCCUCCUCUUCCUCCUCGGCAGUGGAGCAGGAGCGUCGUGUGAGCCGCAGGGUGAUCCUGGCCUACAUAGUGGUGUUCCUCGGCUGCUGGGGGCCCUACCACGGGGUGCUCCUGGCCGAUGCCCUCUCCCUGCUGGGCCUGGUUCCUCUGAGCUGUGGGCUGGAGAACGCCCUCUACGUGGCGCUGCACCUCACCCAGUGUCUGUCCCUGCUCCACUGCUGCGUCAACCCCAUCCUCUACAACUUCCUCAACAGGAACUACCGCUACGACCUGAUGAAGGCCUUCAUCUUUAAGUACUCCACACGUACAGGCCUGGCCAGGCUCAUAGAACAGACCCAUGUCUCUGAGACAGAGUACUCUGCCGUCGCUGUGGAGAACACACCACAGAUCUGAGACUGAACUCUAGAACACACGCUGGAACUCAAAAACACAUCAAGGACAUUUAGAACAUAGUCUAGAUCAGUGGUCACCAACUGGUCCAUCUCCAAGGCUUUCCUAGUCGAUCGCCAAACAUGUCUGUAAAAAGCCCAACGAGAAAGCCUUGCGUUCUUAAUUGUUUCGCUCUGUUUGCGGUAGGUGCACUUCAUUCAGCUGCCCUGCUUGCCAGGUAGUCGAAGUGUUUCCAUUUUUAAUAAUUUAAGGUACAACUCUGCCUACCCAGUGGUCGUGGAGAUCAAAUCAAGUACACCUAUAGGCCUACCGUUGGCUAAUCAGAUAUACUAUAUAUACACAAAAGUAUGUGGACAUCCUUUCAAAUGAGUGGAUUUGGCUAUUUCAGCUACACCACUUGGUGACAGGUGUAUAAAAUCAAGCACACAACCAUACAAUCUCCAUAGAGAAACAUGGGCAGUACAAUUGCCUUACUGAAGAGCUCAGUGACUUUCAAUGUGGCACCGUCAUAGGAUGCCAUCCUUUCCAACAAGUCAGUUAGUCAAAUUUCUGCCCUACUAGAGCUGCCCCGGGAAAGUGUACGUGCUGUUAUUGUGAAGUGGAAACGUGUAGGAGCAACAACGGCUUAGCCGAGAAGUGGUAGGCCACACAAGCUCACAGAACGGUCUGUCCUAGCAUUGCCUGUAUUCGAGCUGCAGUAAUGAUUGUAUAUAGAGUUCACCCAAUAGCUGCAUUAUUUUUUAAACUGCUAGAGGUGUGUGUGUGUGUGUAUGUGUGUGUGUGUGCGUACGCGGUGUGUGGAGCUUAGAGUCCACUUUGUAAAUAGUUAGAAGGGCAUUGAAAUACUGUACAUAUAUUAUCAUUAUGAGAUUGUUAUUGUUCAACUUAAGAUAUAUUUUUGUACAUAUUAUAACAUAUUUAUGGUAUGCUUCAACUUUCCAAUUUUGUAUGUUUUUAAUCAUUGUGUUGUGGAUUCAGAAGUCCAUUUCAGUAAUGUCUAUGUGUUCAUAAAGCUGCCUCGUUGUAAAUGAGAGUCCCUUCCUCUGUGACACCAGUCCUGCUGUCUACUUCAAUCUCAUAAUACAUUUACAUUUACAUUUAAGUCAUUUAGCAGACGCUCUUAUCCAGAGCGACUUACAAAUUGGUGCAUUCACCUUAUGACAUCCAGUGGAACAGUAGUGCAUCUAAAUCUUUUAAGGGGGGGGGGGGGGGUAAGAGGGAUUACUUUAUCAGCUCCCUUUCCUCUUCUCCCUCCUUCUGUGACCCCUGACCUAGAAUGACCAGAGAGGUCCUGGAAUUGUCUCAGAAAAUGUUGAGUUUUCAGAACAGUGAUCAUUUAAGGAGAGGCGACAAGGAAAGGAAGCUAGGUAGGAGUGUUGACACAGCCUCGAUAUCUCUAUCACCACAUAUAGCAUAGCUGUAACUAUACAAUACGUUAUGGCUAAUAUUAGCAUUAGAGAUCAUAGUGAGACACGUGUGCUUCAUAUGGCAUCAGGGACGCUGCAUCAGCACACAGACCACACCACAGCACAGACAGUGAGGGCUUUAUGACCAAUAACCAAACACAGCUUUACUGCAUCCAUGUGUAGGCAGCCACAGCCACAAUGCUGGACAGAUGUGCAUAAAUGCUGCAGUCUAUCAAUACGAAUACAUUCGGAAUCUUUUAUUGGGAUAUAUCCUGUGUGUGUCUAUGUAUGUCUGUGAGUGCGAGAGAGACAGAGCUCGUAUGUGGACGUGCAUGUGUCUGUGUGCGCGUGUGUGUCUGUCUUUAUGUUGUGGGCCACAGUACAAACAGUGUGACACACAGUGUUCCAUGCCAAAUUAUGAUGUUGGAUAUAGGGAUGAGCAUGAUUAUUUAAAUAUUCAAAUAUCUAAACGGAUGUUAGUAUUUGAAUAAUUGUGUGAAUAUACAUUCCUGUAGAGGUCUAUUAUAAACACCCACAACAGUAGAAAUCAACUUCUCGAGCUGAAAGACGAUGACCAGAGCUUACCCGUGAUGUUGCACAAUGAUGUAAAUAAUUCAUCUUUUUAGUCAUAGUACAUUAUGAUAUAUUUGGGCUUGAAAUGCCAAAUCCGAAUGUGUGACUUCGGAUGUUUCUGUGAGUCUUAUGCCUUUUUUCUUAUGGGAUGACGUGCAAAUUCUUUACAGCCUAUGUUUUGUUUCAGAGCUGGGUUUUAUUUAAAUGUUACCACCCACCAACAUGGCAAUGUUAAUUAAUCAGAAACACCUGCUGUAAAGUUCUUCCUAUUCGCAAGUCAUCUGAGAGCCUAACAGCUUUUCUAUGUAGCAAAAACAUGGGUUUCUACUAGAUAAAACAGCCACAAAGUCAAAAUUGUCGAUAUUAUACAAUUUUGUGAAAACAAAAAUGUGCUUUUUGGUCUUCAUUUAAGGUUAAGGUUAGGCUAAGGUUAGCAGUGUGGUUAAUGUUAGGGUUAAGGUGAGAGUUAGGUUAAAAAUCCAAUUAUAAGAUGUGAAAAUUUAGAAAUAGACGGGGUUCAUGACUUUGUGGCUGUGUUAACUAGUGACGACCCUACACUUGGCCGCCUUGCUAAGGAGCAAAUUAAAUUAAAACAAAUUAAUGUUUUUGCAUCUCCCCUUUUUUUUACAAGCAAAUUAUCAUAAUCCAUUGGAUAAUUUGUCAAGUUUCACUUAUUUUUCUGCUAGUCUGCAUUACAGUUCCACCUCAGACACCACUAUGCGGAUGUCGGCUAAAGCGGAACUGAUUGAAUAGAGUCCUUAAGAUAAAAAAAAAAACACAAGUAUUUUCAAUAUCCGGAUAUCCAACAAAAAUGAAUGAUACUAUUCAAAUAUUGAACAGAUGUCAAACCCCUAUCCCUAGUUGGAUAUGUCCUAAACAUUUAUGUGUACAAUGCUAUUUCUGUCUGUGGUAGAAAACAUAUUUAUUUUGAUACGUUGUCAUGAGUCAUCGUGUUAUCUGAUUGGAUGCAUAUGUAUCCUAUUACAUUGUAAGGGUUCCAAUCCUAGCAGUGAUUAUUAAAACAAAGAAACAAAGACCGACAUGUCUACAAGAAGAGGCAUUCCAAUAUAUUUUAUAGAGAUAUUUUAUGUUUACUGUAUGUUAUGGAUUUUGUUACUCAUUAAAUACCAAAAAUGAA